GACAAGCCACACACACAAACCACGUGCACGUCAGUGUGGUGCAAAGCACGCCGGCGUGAUGGAGGUGAAGGUUGUGCCGUGGCGCUUCAAGCAGGAAUGGGUGCAGGUCAAGGCGCAGUUGAACUCUGGUGAUCAUGGUGCUGUGGCCCUCGCGCGGGACCGCAUGCGCUGCUGGGCCACCCGUGGCAAGCUGCCCCUCGCAAUCGAGGCAACGAUGAACCUGGUGAGCGCGCUGCUGUUCCGCGACACCAGCCCCGAUCGCCAGCUGCUCAUUCAAAUGCUCAGCCUCGCCAUCGUCAGGUUCGUCAAUGGCUUCUCCGAUGAGCAACAGAAGACAAUGCUCGCCAAGCCGCUUUCCCUUAUCGCCGCCGACCUGAAGAUCCCCACACACGUUGUGGACACGCGCCACAAUGCGACGCAUCAAGCGCUACCAGGACUCCCCAUGCUGGAAAUGUGCACCUUUGAGGCGAUGCAGUGGCUGAGAACCUUCUACUGGCAGGAGCAGGAAGAUGCCAAUGCUGCUCAACAGCAGCAAACCACUGCCCGCAUCGGACAAUACGUCACACAAGCCGAGGAUAAUCGCGCGGCGUUGCGUGUGCGGUCUGCAUUUGCACAGCGACAGGCAGCGCAGCGAGAGGCACAGCUGAACGCAGCAGCAACUGCAUUGGUGGACGAUGUGCCCAGGAUGGAUUUGCUUGAGAACCUUGCCCACACCUGGCUUUGGACCACCUCGACAGCAACCCGGGAUGUACCAAGCAGGCAACAAGCAUCCGCAGCCGCAGCAUCAACAUCAUCAACAACAAUAUCACCGCCUUCAGGCUCCGUUGCAGCCGAGGCGCAGGCAUGCUUUACACAUUCACGCACAAUCUGGGAGCCCGUACUGACGUGCAUGUGCAAAAGAUACAGACAACGAAGUUUGCUUGGGACACUGCUGAUUGCCCAAAUUCUUCUACAGACAGAGAACUUGAACGCCGAUACAUGUGCGAAGACGGCUGCCCUUCACGACCUGUGGCUCGAACACAUCCUCUCUUCUUACUGCAAAGGCGUUAGCGCGGAGGUUCUUGGGUACUGGUUUGCACAUGUGUCCCAUCUCCCCAGCCAGCGACGCCUCAUCGCGUUCCAGACAGCACUCCUGCAGCGCUUGGCAGCAAAGGGCAGUGAAAAGGAGCAACAUGUGUUCGCGGCCGCACGCCGGGCCCUGAUAGAACACUCCUAUUCUGACAACAGCGAUGGCAGGAGCGGCACCAAUGACGUUGGUGGUAGUGCUGCUGCUGGUGAUAAUGCUGCUGGUGGUCAUGAUGAUGGUGCUGCUGGCAAAGUUGAUGAUGACAGUGGUGAUGGUGAUGAUAGUGGCGGCAGCUGUUCCUGUGAUGACCGAGAACCAGUCAGGAAACGCCCAAAGCGGCAGGAAGGAGAUGCGGGGGGCGGGAAGCAGGACGCAAGUGCAGAGAAGAACAAGGACGACGCUAGCUCGCGACACGCAUGGACGCUUUGCAGGCCUGCGUCGUGGUCGCGUGUACCCAUUGGACUCUUGCCAGGCUUUGUCUCCCCCAUCCUCACGUGCACCAUCGCUGACGCCCAUGGUGAUGAUGAUAGUGAUGGGAGAGACACUACUGGUUCUCGUACCCUGGGUUUCGUGCCAUACUCACCCGUCACCGCUCCCGUCUCCGUUGCCAUCCCAAGCUUAUGAUGUCGUGCCAUCACAGAAAGCAGCUUGUGACGGUGGUUGUAUUUGUAUAUACACGACCAGAGCUUGAACCAGGCAUGUACAUUCUGCGCGUGCGUUUGUGUGUGUGUGUGUGUGUGUGUGUG